AUGACCAUUUCGGGUUUGCGUGAAACCUUAUUGGACAGUUUUUACGCUUCAGACAAUAAAUCGGUGUUAGGUUUUGACUUUCGACAUCAUGGAAAAAUGGGUUCGUCUACAAACUACAGCUCAGCCUUUUAUCCUAUAAAUGUAAAAAGAAUUGCAACUGUUACUAAAAAUGUAAAAAAUGAAAAGGACCAAGGUUUUCUAUAUGAUGGACAUUAUGACCUUAAAUCAUUUCUUGCCCUUAAAGACGUUAACACAAAUUCUUCAAUAUAUCGCGGUACUUUAUAUGAAUAUCAGACCAUGUCAUGUCUUAAAACAACACUUGGGAUUGUUACAAGGCGAGUAGGUAAAGCUAAUGAUGGAGGAAUAGAUUUUCGAGGUCAGUGGAUAUUACCAGAUAAAAAACUAUAUGUCGUUGGUCAAUGCAAAGCCUUAGCAAAAAAAUGUCCUCCAAAUAUAAUUCGAGAGCUUGAAGGUGUACUUUGUCAAGAAACUGAGGGAACAUUAUGCAUUCUGUCAUCAAUGAAUGGAUUUACUAAAAGUGCUAUUAAAAGAUAUAUUGCAUCGCCUUUCCCUAUUAUGCUAAUAGCAGUUACAGAUCAUGGAAAGAAAUAUAGUUGUAUUUUAUGGAAUAAAACAGCCGAAAAAUAUUUGAAUGAAUUUCAAGUAACCUUGAAACAUGAUCUUCUGAAUUCAAAGCCUCUUAUUUUAUAUAAUGGCAAACCUUUUCUAAAUGAAAAUGAUGAUUGA